AUCACUGGUGUGCCCAGCAGCUUUAUAUGGCAGGAAGAAUGUCUAUGCCUAAUGACACCCAGUUCCAUCCUUCUUCAUUCCUACUGCUGGGCAUCCCAGGGCUAGAAGAUGUGCACAUCUGGAUUGGAAUCCCUUUUUUCUUCGUGUAUCUCGUUGCACUCCUGGGAAACGCUGCUGUCUUGUUUGUGAUCCAGACUGAGCAGAGUCUCCAUGAGCCCAUGUACUACUUUCUGGCCAUGUUGGAUUCAAUUGACCUGGGCUUAUCCACAGCCACCAUCCCCAGAAUGCUGGGCAUCUUCUGGUUCAGCCUCAAGGAAAUAUCUUUUGGAGGCUGCCUUUCUCAGAUGUUCUUCAUCCAUUUCUUCACUGUCAUGGAGAGCAUUGUGUUGGUGGCCAUGGCCUUUGACCGCUACAUUGCCAUUUGCAAUCCCCUUCGAUACACCAUGAUCCUCACCAGCAAAGUCAUCAGCCUCAUUGCAGGCAUUGCUGUCCUGAGGAGCCUGUGCAUGAUUGUUCCACUGGUGUUUCUCCUUCUGAAACUGCCCUUCUGUGGACACCAUAUCAUCCCUCAUACUUACUGUGAGCACAUGGGCAUUGCCCGUCUGGCCUGUGCCAGCAUCAAAGUCAACAUUAUGUUUGGCCUUGGCAACAUUUCUCUCUUGUUAUUAGAUGUGAUCCUUAUUAUUCUCUCCUAUGUCAGGAUCCUCUAUGCAGUCUUCUGCCUUCCCUUCUGGGAAGCUCGAUGGAAAGCUUUCAACACCUGUAGUUCUCAUAUUGGUGUUAUCUUAGCCUUUUUCACACCAGCAUUUUUCUCUUUCUUUACACACCGUUUUGGCCAUAACAUCCCACAGAAUAUCCACAUUUUCUUGGCUAAUCUAUAUGUGAUUGUUCCACCAGCCCUCAAUCCUGUAAUCUAUGGAGUCAGGACUAAGCAGAUUUGGGAGAGAGUUCUGAUUUUCCUCAAGACCUAUCACUAACCAGUUGGAGGUUGGAGAGUCUGUCACUUCAACCUAGCAGAAAGCAGAAAAACAGAAGGGAAUGUUGUA